ACUGAAGUUUGUCACCCCUGCAUUAGAGAUUCACCAGCUGCUUUGUCUGUUUCUAUUCACACGUGAACAAACCCGUCUUGUUUCUGUUGUCAGUAGCAGUGACAGACUUUCAGGCUCAUUGUGAGGAUGGGGCUCACUGUGCUCAGCGUGCUGUCCUUAUUCUUGCUGAAUAUUACCCUCUGCUGUGGAGACGCUCAAGAUGCUGAGCUGAGCCUUAAACCAAACGUGUCCCAUUUAUUUGCUGGAGAGUCUGUAACCUUCAUCUGUGACAUGAGAGAGGGAAAUGCCACUGACUGGCUUUACAAAUUCAACUGGAAUGAUCAAGAAAUGGUCCAAUUCAGUAAAAGUAGCUCCUACUCACUUUACCUGACAGCAGAGCUGAGUGGGAAUUAUCAAUGUAUUGGUCAUCGCAAUGGCUUGAAAGAUUUUACAAAACAGAGUAAUAACCUGACUCUGUCCAUAUCAGCACUCAGACCCACGGCGACUAUAACAGCAGACAGGACAACUAUUCCAGUGGGGGGCUCGGUGACACUGACCUGCUCUGUUCAGGGCUCUGCUGGCUGGAAUUUUGAUUGGUUCAGACAAGUACCAGAUUCUCGUGAAGUAGCAAUUAAUACGAACACUUUGCAGAACUUCAUUAAUGUCUCAGAUGAAGGCAUCUAUCGGUGCAGAGGAAGAAGAGGAAACCCAGUUUUCUUCACAAGUCUCAGCAAAGUGUAUCACAUUCAGAAAACAUUGUCCAACAGGGCCUUUGUGACUCUGCAACAGAACUGGACUCAGAUAUUCAGCGGUGAGAUGAUCACCAUCAAAUGUGAGAUCCAAGGACGAGAAAACACUGAGUGGCAGCAUGAAUGGAGAACAACAAGCUCAAAAACACCUCCCACACACAGUGAAUACAACAUCAGCAGUGCUUCAUUUUCCUACAACGGGCAAUAUUGGUGUAAGGGUAGAAGAGACUUGUUCUUCUCUACAGCUUGGAGUGAUGCUUUUACACUAAAAGUCUCAAACAAACCCAGACCCACAAUCACUGCUGAGAGAAGAACUAUACCAGCUGGAGGCAAUGCAACACUCAGCUGCUCUGUGGGGAGCUACAAUGAGUGGAAAUACUUCUGGUUCAGACGUGCCUCAGUCUUCUCAGAAAUUCAGGUGAUUAGAAACGACGAACCAGAUCAAAUGAUCACUGUCACACAGGGAGGUAUCUACUACUGCAAGGGAGGGAGAGGAAACCCAGUUUUCUUCACAGAGGACAGUGAUCCAAGCACUAUUGAAAAAAGAGUUUCCAGCAAAGCAGUUGUGUCCCUGGAUCCCAGCUGGCCUCUGAUAUUCAGUGGCGAGAAGAUCACUGUUAGAUGUCAGAUUUCUUUAGGUGGAAGCACUGAGUGGGAGUAUGAGUGGAGCAAACCCGACUCAAGCACAGUUAUGGCAAAUAAUGCAUACUUAAAUCUUAAUGCAUCUGUGAUCAGCAGUGGAAGCUACAGGUGUAUGGGUAAAAACAAACAGGAGCUGUAUUCUGUGACAGAGUGGAGUGAUGUCAUCACACUGACAGUCUCUGGAAACAGACCAAAGGCCAGCAUCAGUGCUGACAGUAGAGUCUUUCUAGAAGGUGAUACAGUCACCCUGACUUGCUCUGUGACACCAUCUACAGCUGGUUGGAGUUACUACUGGUACAGAGGCAAGAAAACCUCAGAACCACUGACGAUGGCAGAAGUUGUUCUCCACUCUGAUGGACAAAUCGGUGUAUCACAGGAAGGAGACUAUUGGUGUAGAGGAGGACGAGGCAACCCAGUUUACUACACAGACUACAGUGAUGUGAUCAGUAUUAAAAAAACUGUUAGAAACAGGCCUGCUGUGACUCUGCAUCCAAACUGGCCUGAGGUAUACAGCGGAGAGACAAUCACUUUGAAAUGUGAGAUCCCAGGAAGAGACACUGAGUGGGAUUAUGAGUGGGCAACAAGCAGCUCACAUCAACCUCCAAACCAAAAUGAAUACAAGAUUAACUCUGUUUCUACAUCACACUAUGGGCACUACUGGUGUAAGGGCAGAAUGAGAAGUGCACAACAGAAUUCAACAAUGUGGAGUGCAUCCUUUGAACUAAAGAUAGUUUAUGAACGUCAUCCUGUCCUCACUGUGUCUCCAUCAUGGCUGAGUCCUGGAGCCUCAGUAACUCUGAACUGUGAGGUUGAACAUCCGUCUGCAGGAUGGAGCUUCUACUGGUAUAAACUUAUUAAACAGGAGUCAGGCAUGUAUCACCCCUACCUCUAUUACCCCUAUGACUAUUACUCCAGACACAGACACCGGAUUCAUCAUAAUAGAAUUAAUCGCCUCUACAAGUAUGAAUUAUUACCUGGAAGCAUCAGUGGGACUGCACAGGACUCCUACAUCAUUCAUGGACAGACACACACAGCAGGAUAUGUGUGCAGAGCUGGAAGAGGAGACCCAGAGUAUCACACUGAUCACAGUCAACCAAAGUUUGUCUGGUCUGCAGAUGUAAAUUCAGCAGCCUCUCUCACAGUCAGUCCUAACAGUGUGCAGCACUUCAUUUAUGAUUCAGUAUCUCUGAAUUGUUCUGGAAACUCUUCUCAGUGGAGAGUUAUGACAUUUACUCAGGACGGCUAUCUGAGAGAACUCCGGGAAUGUGGAAACCGGGGGAUAAUGACUGAAUCCACAUGCAACAUAGAUCGUCACUGGUUCCUCCGGUACCAAGAUGCUGUGUCCUGGUGUGAGUCUGAAUCAGGACUGUUCAGCAAUGGAAUCAACAUCACUGCACUUUCUACUGAUGUGAUCCUGGUGAGCCCUGUCCAUCCAGUCAAUGAAGGGGACUCUGUUGCUCUUGGCUGCAAGUUGAGGAGAGGAAACUUCAAUUCCACUGUUGCAUUCUACAAAAAUGGGAAACUAAUUCAAAAUGAUGACCGAGAAAAGCUAAAUAUCCCUGCAGUGUCAAAGUCUGAUGAAGGUUUCUACAAGUGUGACUAUUCAGGGCAUGAGUCACCAGAAAGUUGGAUGUCAGUAAAAGGAUCCAGAUCAUCACUUUCUGUCUCUCUAAUCACGGGGCUGGUUAGUGGUAUCUCACUGAUUCUCUUGCUGUCCCUGCUGCUCUGUUGUUGGCACAAAAAAUCAAAGGGUGCACUUUGUAUCAGACCAGCCCAGUCUCAGGAAACCAGUCAGGCUGCUGCUACAGUUCAAACUAUGAGCCAGGAUGAAAAUCAGCAGCAAAUGUAUUCCUCCCUUCUUCACGGUGACAUGAACGUCUAUGAGUCAUGUAGACCUUCUGAAAACACUGGUGGACGGACAGAUGACUACAGAAAUAUCUGUCUUCAGCUCAGAAGUGUCGAACAGAGGAGAAAGCGUGAUGAUCCAGAGGAAACUUCUGACUACCAUAAUGUAGAUCCAAACUCAGCUACAGGUCCCUAAAGGGAGGCACGGCAUCAAUAAAACAAGAGAAGGUCAACAGCAACAUGAAAAAACAAACAAAAACAUAAAAAAAAUAUUAUGUCAGUGAUAUGGCAGCAUAUGGCUUCAUGCUGAGAAAGAAAUAUAAGGAAGGUCAGAGGGAGCUUCACUGUGUCUUUGUGGAUCUAGAGAAAGGAUAUGGUGCCAAGCGUGUGGGGUACUGCGUGAGGAUGUCAGGAGUAGCAGAAGAGUAUGUGAAGGUGGUGCAGGACAUGUAUGAGGACAGUGAGACAGCAGUGAGGUGUGUGGUUGUAUCUUAGCAGUUCAAGCUGGGGGUGAGAUUACAUCAGGAAUCAGCUCUGAGGCCCUUCUUGUUUGCAGUAGUGAUGGACAAGAUGACAGAUGAGGUCAUGCAGGAGUCUCUGUGGAUUAUGUUGUUUGCAGAAAACAUUGUGAUGUGUAGUGAGAGUAGGGAGCAGGUGGAAGAGAGGCUGGAGAGGAGGACGCAUGCAUCGGAAAGAAGAGGAAUGAAAUUCAGUAGAAGCAAGACAGAACACAUGUGUAUGGAUAAGAGACAGUUUAACAGUGAAGCUGGAGUAGGAGUAGAGGAAGUGAAGGUGGAUAAGUUCAACUGAGAGCCCCAAAGAGAGUGCAGCAAGGGUGGGUAAAGAGUGGGCAGGGGUGAUUUGUGACAUAUGGACAGCAGCGAGAUUGAUAGGGAAGGUUUGCAAGACUGCACGACUAUUUAUUUGUAAAUGAUCAAUUAAUAAAUUAAUUGUUAUUGUAAUAAUUAUUAUUGUAAUUGUAUAAAUGUUUACAGUAUAAUUCAGAGUUUAAUAUCAAACUAAAGGGAAAUUACCAAGACACUUCCAACUCUAACAAUACUAAGCUCCUAAGUAUCAUAAUUGUACUGGUGACCAUGUCACAUGAUCACCAGUAUAAACAUGCUCAUGAGUAUCAUGAUGAGUAAUUCUGUGUGUAAAUAUAUACGAAACAUAUAAACAUGAGGAAGUUUGAAUUUUGUAGAAGUGUUUUUAUGAUGAAAAUAUUGUAUAUAAGUAUAAAGUGUAUUAAGUAGUUUUUCACA